GAUUAUUUAUAUUGGGAGUUAAAUAAUACGGCUAAUUGGAAAUAGGCGGUGAUUGGCGUGGAGGGGAAGAAGAAUGCAGAGAGUGAGCAAAAUCAUUCAGAAGGGUGCUAAAGCUCUUCAAGAUCUAAACUUGCUCAAAGUUUUGCAAUCUGAGAUUACCCAUGAGCUCUCUUCCAAUCCCUUUCAGGAAGUGAAAAGUGGUUCUUUGGGAGAUUUUGUAAUGGACUGGGAUUCAUGGCAGUCUCAGGAUGUGGUUCUUCGGAGAAAAUGUGAGACAGGUGAGGAGGUUGCUGUCUCAGCGUUGCUCGGUCCAUUGCCCUUUAGUAGGGAGACAGACACAGGUGACGGUAUGUUUCCACGGAAUGUUUUGAUGAAGAUAUGUGUGAAGAAGCCUGGAUUGAGAUCUGUGUUGCAGUUUGAUUGUGAAGUUUAUAACAAAGGCAGCAAUGGGUCUCAGUUCAACAUCCAAAAUGCCUAUUAUCUUCAAUCUUCAUCAGCUAUCAGCAGUUCAGACUAUAGAGGCCCCAUAUUCUGUGAUCUGGACCAUCGGCUCAUUGGAGCGUUCAAGGACUACUUAGUAUCCAAGGGCAUCGGCGAAAGCGUGACAAAUUUCCUUCUCCUCCACCUCCACAAAAAGGAGCAUGGCCAAUAUGUGAACUGGUUAAAGAAACUCGAGUCCGUGGUAACUAAAGAUGAGUGAUCAAAAUUCCCUUCUCCAUUUUGAACAUCGAUGAAUCUAUUCUCUUUAAACCAUACACCGCCAAUUUUUGUACGGAGGAUGUUGCAGGUAAAAUAUAUGAGGAGAUUAUAAGUUGAUUAUUGAUAAGAAUACAAAACUUUUUUAUAUGCAUAUGCUGACAAAUGAUAAAAAGAGGUUAUAGUUGGUUUUGUUCUUAGUUCUUACAAUGAAAUUGGAGCUAGUUUCCUUUAUGUUUAUGUUUGUAGCAUAGACAACAUUUACCUAAAAAUUGAUCUUCUUGGAUGGACUUGUAGAUUUAA